AUGCCUUUUUCCCUUCAGGCCUUCACGCCCGAGAACAUAUUACGAUCUGUCUACUCGUCGCCGAUUAAAGUACACAAAAAUGAUCUUGGGUUUUCGUUAGAUCUCUCAUACAUUACGCGCGAGCUUAUUGUUUGUUCAUACCCCGUAAUCAAGUAUCCACAACUCCUGUACAGAAAUAGUUUAAAGGACUUGAUCUCGUACCUGAAUCUGCAUCAUGGGGCUGGUAAUUGGAAAAUAUACAAUUUUAAGGCUGAAAAAGGAGCUUCCGACUAUAGUGACGAGGACUUGGUAACCGCCUUAUUUGAGCUCUCGAACUUUUGCGAAAAAGCUUCUGCCUCCGCAGGCCCCCUUCUAUCAACCAUUUAUGACCCAACAAAGUCCCCAUGCAAAGAGGGUCAUGACAGUGCUUCGACACAAUCUCUUUCGAGUACUCGGGAGUCUCUUCUUGAACGUGUUGGGCAUUAUAUUCAGCGGUACGGAUGGCUUGAUCAUUCGCCUCCACCCUUCACCCUUCUCCAAGAAAUACUUGACGAUAUGCAUGAGUACUUGAUCCAAGAUUCGUCCAGAGUUGUCCUUCUUCAUUGCAAAUUGGGUAAAGGCCGGUCAGGUUCUGUUGUGGUUGCAUAUCUGAUGAAGUACAUGCGGUGCUCGCUAAGAGAAGGCCGCGAGAUUUUUGUUAACAACAGGUUUAAGGUAGGAUUGACGCAGGGUGUAACAAUUUCAUCGCAGCUAAGAUACCUUGGGUAUCAUGAACGCUUCUUGCAAGCUGACCAUCCCUCAAAUUGGUCAAAAAUAUUAUCUGAGUUGACGCGUGCACAGUUCAUGAUUAAUAGUUUCGAGAUCAUUCACUUAUUAAGUGCAGCUCCUGUCAAGUUAGAAUCAAAAACUUACACUAUGUCAAUCAAGAUCCAAAUUUACAACCGUAAUCGUGAUGGUCUAAUUGAUGUUUUUGAUACUAAUAAUAAAGAACAGUCUAUAGACUCCAAGCCGCACAGCAAUUUGAAUAGAGUCUCAGUGGGGCAACGAAUUACUGAGAGCGACAUUCGAAUUUCAUUCGGACUUAGGCAUAAGGGUAGCGCAUUUAUCGAUAAUGUUACCCAACUGACGUCUAUAUCACAUUUUUGGAUAAAUCUUUAUUGGGAAACGCUUGCUUGCAGUCGAAGCGAAUCAACGGACCAUUAUACCCUUGACAAACUCGCGAAUGAGCAAAGUAGAUGCCGCGAUAGAAAGAAUUUUGCAAUGUUUAGUAUAAAGUGGGCCGAGCUAGAUGGCAUGAAGGGAUUACAAAGCAAAGGCUUCAAACUUUUCGAAACUUUUACGUUAAGGUGGCAGCUUUUAUAA